AUGUCACUAAACGACGAUUUAGAAACUUCUAAAUUAUGGAGAAUACGUCGUACAUUGACUCAGAUGUGUCAUGAUAGAGGAUAUCUCGUUACAGAUGAUGAAUUGAAUCUUACAUUGGAACAAUUUAAAGAUACUUUUGGAGAUAAACCAAGCAUGGGAAAACCCUCACGUUCAGAUUUAACUAUGCUUGUAGCUCAGGUGCAGAAUGAAGAUGAUCAAAUGUAUAUUUUUUUCCCAGAUGAUGCUAAAGUUGGUAUUAAGACAAUUAAAGCAAUUUGUGGUCAAAUGCAACAACAAAAUGUUGCUAGAAGUAUAAUUGUUGUCCAAAAUGGUAUUACUCCCUCAGCAAAACAAUUUAAUAUUACGGAACACGAACUUGUUCCUGAACAUAUUGUUAUGACAGAAGAAGAAAAAAGAGAAUUAUUAAAGAGAUACAGAGUUGCUCCAAGUCAAUUACCAAGAAUGCAAGUUUCAGAUCCAAUAGCGAGGUAUUAUGGAUUGAAAAGAGGUCAAGUUGUAAAGAUUGUUAGACCAUCUGAAACAGCUGGAAGAUAUGUCAGUUAUCGUGUUGUUGCUUAA